AUGGAUGCGAUGCGAACACUGCUAUUACAAUCAGAUGUCUAUGAAGGUCUCCCCAUUGAAUUUUUGUUAGAAGGAUUACUACUUACAUUGACAAACAAUUAUUUUCGUUUUGAAAAGAAUUUCUACAUUCAAGAGAUGGGAACUGCGAUGGGAUCGGCAAUAGCUCCAACAUAUGCGAAUAGUUUUAUGUAUGCAUAUGAGAGCAGACACAUUCUGUCCACAUAUAAGGAACAUUUGAUACAGUAUCACAGGUUUGUGGACGACAUCUUUAUUUUAUGGCAAGGCACGGCAAUAGAAUUGGAGAAGAUGAUUGAAGAACUGAACAAUUUAAACUCCACCAUUAAAUUUACUUUGACGUACAGCCCAGAUAAAAUCCAAUUCUUGGAUGUGGAGAUAUUCCGGAAGGAUCGAAACAUUGGACAUCGAUUAUUUAGAAAACCCUCAGACCGCAACACGCUGCUACACGCCAACAGCGCUCAUCCCAAAGCCCUAAAGGAGUCUUUACCUAUUUCGCAAUACUUAAGAGUGUACAGGAAUAAUUCGGAGGAAAGCACAUGUAAAACUCAACUAGAGGACAUGACCAGAUCCUUUGUGGAACGAGGAUACACAUAUAAAGUGCUCCAAGAAUGUCAAAUAAAAGCAGAAAAUAUAUACAGGGGCAUAUCUACUAAACAACUUCAAAAUCUGCCCAGAAUUACGAUCCCUUUAUCAUACCACACGGAGAGCCAGAGAUUUUCCCACAGGAUUAAAGGGAGAUGGGACAUCUUAUCCAGCGACAGAACACUUAAUCCGUUUUUUUUACAGAAACCAAGGGUCGCAUAUUCACGCAACUGA